CACUUAGAAUUUCAAAUUUGAAUCAUUGCAACAAUGCAGUGGAUUAAAGCUUUUGGAAUUUUAACAAUAGUUUGUGGAUGCAUUGACAUCGGUUUUGCAAGGAUAAUUGAUACAGAUUCAUUCAAUCAGUUGCGUACAUCUCAAAGCCAAACAAUUCCAUCUGAUUAUUUCUUAUUUGAAACAAGUUACUAUAAAUAUUAUAAUAACGGGCAAACCUGGGAAGCAGCACAAGAAACUUGUGAAAAAGAUGGGGGUCAUCUAGUUAUAAUAAAUUCAGAGGACGAGGCAUCUAUAUUAAUGCUUUUGAUGAACUCGAAUUCAUCGAGUUUUGUUUCUUGUGUAGAUGGUUAUAUUCACAUCGGAUUGAAGAAAAGGAAGAAUCCGCAACAGGAAGACGAUGAAGGGGAGUGGAUUACAAUUGAUGGUCAAUCACUAAAAAAUUCUGGAUAUGAUAAGUGGGCACCAGGUGAGCCAAAUAAUUGGGCUAACAUGGAAGAUUGUGGAACCUUUUAUCGAUUAGGUGGUUUAAAUGAUUUUCCGUGUUGGUGUACAAAUCCUUUUGUCUGCGAAAUUCCGCUCAAAGAACGUACUGACCAACUGUCGCAGAAUUCAGAUUUUCAUGAUUGGGUGGAAAUAGAUGGAGACUAUAAAGGCUACGAAUACGAUCCGUUUGCCGACAUCGAAGAACAGCAGGAGAAUAAUAAUAGGAACCUACUGCCGAUGCCACAGACUGUCGAUUGGAGGAAAGAUGUUCAAGACUACGAAGACUUCGCUUCGGAGAUUACUACGGAGACUCAAGAAGAGCUAGUGACUGAUUGGUCAACAACUGGUGGAAACCAUGAAAACUUCUCUCCAGAGAUGCAAAAUGAAUCAGAAAAAAAUAAAUAUUAUCUUAGAGUAAGAGGAGAUUCAUUUGCUCAGACUUCUACGGAGACUCAAGAAGAGCCAGUGACUGAUUGGUCAACAACAAAUGAAAUUCCGGUUGAAAACUUCCUUGCAGAGCUGCAAAAGGAAUCAGAGAAAAAUAAAUAUUUUCAUCGAGUACGUCCUUUGGCUAAGACUUCUACGAAGAUUCGAGAGGAGUCGGAGAAUUAUGCAGAUUCCUUUACUGAUACGUCUACGGAAGCUCCAGAAGAAAUGGAGGAGUAUGAAUAUAAUGGUGGAGACCUUGGAGAAUCCAUUACGGAGGCUCCUGCAAAGACUACAGAAGAACUAAAUAAUACUAAUUAUUUUGGUGGAGAUCUUGAAGAUUCCUUUACUGAGACUUCCACGGAGGCUCAAGAAGAGCCGGGAAAUAUGAAGUCGCUGGAACAAAAGCUACGUGAUUGGUCGAUAAUAGAAGAUGUUGUUGCGGAAACUACUACGGAGCAUCAAAAAGAGCCGCAGGAAAAGAAAAACUGGAUUACCAUGGUGUCUGACAAUCUCAUACUAUACUUCCCAACUGAAUCCUCAUCAAUAAAAAUAUUCGACGUCAAUAAAGAUUUUCGAGGUCUCUCGCUAUCCUGUAAAAAUUGCUCAUAUAUGAUGAGCUUUUAUAAUUAGUAUUAAAUAAGUCGCCAAGCAUUAAUGUAAGUAAUACAGAAUAAACAGUGAAAUCAUUUUCUACCAAUCGUUGUAUGCGUAGUCAUGGUAGGGACAAUAAAAUCGAUGGCAGCGCUCCCAGUGAAAAAUUUUGGCGUAAAA